AUGACGAUAAAUAUUUACCUUUGGCAUCACUUUUCUGGCUCAAACACCUGUUUCUUGUUCACCAUCUUUUCUGUUCUCUUCAUCAUCUCCACUCCCUAUCAGCUAUCCGCUUCGACUGGCAGUCACUCUGCUGGCAUUGACGAUAUUCUCAUUUAUCAAAGACGACGGGUUUUGUCAUACAAUGGAGACUCUCUUGCAAUCAACCCGUCCCUCAACUUUGAGAACCCAAGAUUGGAGAAUGCUUACAUUGCUCUACAAGCUUGGAAAGAAGCCAUAAUCUCUGAUCCAAAAAACAUAACAGGCAACUGGAUUGGACAUAAAGUGUGUAACUACACUGGUGUGUUUUGCUGGCCUGCACCGGAUGAUCCCUCUCAACUUACAGUUUCUGGUAUAGAUAUUAACCAUGCAGACAUUGCCGGGAACCUCCCACGUGAAUUGGGGCUGCUCUAUGACAUUACCCUGUUUCACAUAAACUCUAACAGAUUCUGUGGUGUGAUUCCGCAGAGUUUCUUGAAUCUGAGGCUCCUAUAUGAGGUUGAUCUUAGCAACAAUCAUUUUGCAGGCAAGUUUCCUGAAAUUCUACUGCAGUUGCCAAGCUUAAAGUAUUUGGACAUUCGAUUCAAUGAAUAUGAAGGUGAAAUUCCCAGGGAACUAUUUGAAAGAGAAUUUGAUGCAAUUUUCAUCAAUAACAAUAGAUUUUCUUCUGAAUUGCCUGACAACAUCGGCAAGUCAACAGUGUCUGUGAUUGUUAUGGCAAACAAUGAAUUUCAAGGAUGCCUGCCAGCAAGUUUAGGGAAUAUGGCAGGAAGAUUAAAUGAAUUGGUUCUCACAAAUAAUGGGAUCAGUUCAUGUUUUCCUAGUGAAAUUGGAAAGUUGAAGAACUUGACUGUGUUGGAUCUUAGCCAUAACCAAAUUAUGGGUUCAUUACCUGAAAGUAUGGGGGAUAUGGUAAACUUGGAGCAGCUGAAUUUGGCUCAUAAUAUGUUGUCUGGGAAGAUAUCCAAUGUGACGUGUUCACUUCCAAAGUUAAAGAACUUCAGGUACGAGUACAAUUUUUUCUCAGACGAAGCUCCAGAUUGUUUGAAGCUGCCCGAAUUCAAUGACAGGAGGAAUUGUUUUAGAGGGAGACCAGAGCAAAAAUCCAUGUUGCAGUGUCAGAGGUUCUUGUCUAGGAGGAUUAAUUGUAGCAGUUUUGAAUGUUCUACCCUUCCACCGCCAUGUUCAUUAUCUCCACCACCACCGAUUUAUUCCCCUCCUCCUCCCUCACCACCGUCAGCAGCUUCACCUCCACCUCCUCCUCCUCCUCAGAUAACUUCCCCACCACCUCCUUCCUCAGCCCCACCACCUUUGGCACCCCCACCACUACUCUCUUCUCCACCUCCACCCCUGAUUUCACCGGCUCCACCUUCACCAACUCCGCAUAAUAACAAUUCGCCACCUCCACCCCCACCACCUAUCUUCUCUUCACCUCCCCCAUCCCCAACACCACCAUGUGCAUGUAUGCAACCUCCAGCACCAUCAUUGCCCUGA